AUGAAAACACCAAAGAAAAAUAUUAAAAUGGACUUGAGUUCAUUUUUAGCUGAUGAUUCACUUGGAGGUGGAUCAUGGGCUGAUGAAGAAGUCGACAUGAACUCAAUCGGUAUUCAAAGUUCCACUGCUGCAGUUCCUGAACAAUCUAUCAAUACCAACAACUCAUUUGAAAGCGCUCCUUCAAACAGUUACCAAGAAGAAAGACGUGAAAGAAAAGAAUUUCCAGUUCCUGACCAACCUCCAUACAGAGCUAGAGUUGCUAACUUACCAUGGGAUAUUGUUGAAGACGAUGUCGCCGAUUUCUUCCACAAAAGAAUGCAAUUAGAUAACAUCAUCAGUGAUGUUAAAUUACCUUCUGAAAAUGGUAGAUUAAAAGGAUUUGGAUUCGUUACUUUCAAUGAAAGAAAAUUUUUAGAAGAAGCUUUAUUAUUAAACACUUCAGAUUUCAACGGAAGAAGAAUUUUCGUUAAUGUUGCCGCUCCUCAAAGACAAGAUGUUUUUGAUGUUGAUUGGAGAUCAGCUAGAACUGGACCAUUAGGAGGUGCUAGAAGAGAAAGAAGAGAAGAACCAGAUUUAGACUGGGGAUCAGCUAGAAAUGAAAUGGGAUCAUUACCACCAAGAGAAAGAAGUAGAAGAGGACCACCAGGUGAUAGACCACCAAGAAGAGAAGAACCAGAUUUAGAUUGGGGUUCAGCUAGAAGCGAAAUGGGUACUUUACCACCAAGAGAAAGAAGUAAAAGAAUUCCAUCAGGUGAUAGACCAAGAAGACAAGAACCUGAAUUAGAUUGGGGUUCAGCUAGAAGUGAAAUGAGUUCUUUACCACCAAGAGAAAGAUCAAAUAGAAAACCAAGAAAACAAGAACCUGAAUUAGAUUGGGGAUCUGCUAGAAAUGAAGUUGGUACUUUACCACCAAGAGAAAAAUCCAAUAGAAGAAAAGGUCCAGAAGAUUGGAAUAAAUCCAAGAAGGAAGAAAAAAUUGAAGGUCCUCAAAAAUCAAGUUAUGACGUUUUAGCUAUUGAAGGAGAUAGUGAUGAAGAACCAGAAAAGGAAGAGAUUAAAAAAGAACCAAAAAAAUCAGAACCAGUUGAAGAUUUACAAAAAGCUACUGCUAAAUUAUCAGUUGAAGAAGAUGGUUGGGAAGUUGUCCGUAAAUAG